GCCGGAGAGUGGGGCGGGGGGGGGGCGGCCACAGCGUAGUUGUUUUGCCCAGGGUAAGUUGACCGAUCCCCACCGGAGACUUCGCUUGGAGGGCGGCAGCGCUUGGCUCCUGGCUCCUGCCGCCCCAGCCCCUUGGGGGGAGCGCCUGUUUUUCCUCCCCCUUUUCCCCCCGUUUUUUUUUUUUUUUUUAAUUAUUAUUGUUAUUAUGGGGUCUGUGGAGAAGCAGAUCUUCCGCUCCGGCGUUGUUCUUCACCGUUGUCCAACGCUCUGCGGAGAGCUAUAAUAUUUCUUUCUCGAGAUGCUGCAGUGAAUUUUAGUCCCAGAAAAUCAGGCGAACAAAAUAACCCGAAUAACCCGAACCAUUUGUUACCGUGCGAGAGCGAACGCUGCACAGAUGAUGGCAAAAAAUUCCCUGGAAGGGUCUAGGGAAGACCUGAGCAAAAUUUCGGAAGAGGAGAUGCUGAGGUGGAGCAAGGAAGAGCUGGUGAAAAGACUGAGGAAAGUGGAGAAUGAAAAGAUGAACUUAAUGGUGGAACACGGCAACUUGAUGAAGGACGUGAACCGGCGGCUGCAGCUCCACCUGCACGAGAUCCGCGGGCUGAAGGAGGUGAACCAGAAGUUGCAGGACGACAACCAGGAGCUGAGGGAGCUCUGCUGUUUCUUAGACGACGACCGGCAGAAAGGCAAGAAGCUGUCGAGGGAAUGGCAGCGCUUCGGGAGGCACACGGCCAGCGUGAUGUGGAAGGAGGUGGGCAUGUACCAGCAGAAGCUGAAGGACCUGGAGGCCAGGCAGGAGACUCUCCUGCGGGAGAACGUGGAGCUGAAGGAGAUAGUGCUCAUGCUGGACGAGGAGCGGAGCGGGGCCGGCUCGCGAAGCUCCAUCGACAGCCAGGCCAGCCUGACCAACCUCAACGGCGGCUCGGCCACCCGGGACGUGGGGGACGGGAGCAGCACCUCCAGCACGGGCAGCGCCGGCAGCCCCGACCACCAUCACCACCACCUCCACCACCACAAGGCCGGCGACAGCAAGGCCGGGGCCAUGCGGAGGUCUAUGGAUGACCUGUCCGCGCCUCUCCACCACCGGAGCAUCCCCAACGGCCUUAACGAUUCAUCUUCCAACUAUAUCAGGCAACUUGAAACAAAAGUGAAACUGCUGGAGGAUGACAACAAGCUGCUUUCCCAGCAGUCCAGCACAGGGGACCUGAGGACUCUGAGGAAGGGGUUGUCUCCGUACCACUCUGAGUCACAGCUCUCAUCAUUGCCGCAGUAUCAAGACGCUCUGCAAAAUGGACCAACUCGCAUGACAUCUGAUCUUGCAUCUUCUCCUGCAGCAGGAUACAUGCCUGUUGGUCAGAAGCCAGAGGCUGUUGUGCACGCUAUGAAGGUCCUUGAGGUCCAUGAAAAUUUGGACAGGCAAAUGCAAGACAGCUAUGAAGAGGACCUGAGUGAAAAGGAGAAGGCGAUCGUUCGUGAAAUGUGCAAUGUUGUCUGGCGAAAGCUGGGUGAUGCUGCGAGCUCCAAACCCUCCAUCAGGCAACAUCUGUCAGGAAACCAGUUCAAGGGUCCCUUGUAGGAGCAGCAUCCCAAGACUGGAAGUGAUGGAUUCUGUGAAGACUGAAGAGGCAGAGCUCAGCGUUUCUGGCUGCUUGUUAUUUGGGAGUUGGGGUUGAGUUUUUUCAGGGUUUUCUCCCCCCCCCCCCCCCCUUUCUUUUGUAACAAUAGUGUAAAUAUGGCAGCUAAAGGCCUGAUUUCCAGGCUGUGGUGCUCUGGAACUACUGUUCAAUGGGUAACCAUCCAGUAAUGCCAGACUUGCAUCAUUUGUAUUGUAGUUCAAACCUGCUUCAUUGUAAUGGUCUGUUUGUAGAAUUAACUAACUCAAGAGAAUUUCUAUGAGGAACAAGAACCCUUCAACUGCAGAGAAGUCACAGUUUGUAUCACUCCUGUCCACCCGUUUGUCAGUGAUUCAUAGUGGCUCCCGGCAGCACCUUCCAAGGAAAAUGCAACUUGAAUUUGUUGGCUUACCUGCCUGCCAAGCUCUUGAGCUGCUAACACUUGAUUUUGGAGGUCCUUGUUCAGAAGAAUGACAUGCAACUGUUUUCACAAAGCGCUGUGGAAAAUACUGAGUGGUGAGCUAAAAACGCCAGCACCACUCUGCAUUGUAUGGUGGUACUCACCACACAAGCAUGCAGAAACGCAUGAGACUCUGUAUCAUCUGUUAAUGAACUAUUUUUCCUUAAAAAUGACACGAGAUGUCUGCAGUCACAAUGUGAAUGAAGUCAUUUAGCCACACACCAGUAUUCCCUACAAACAUGGCAGCACCUUCCCUGUACAUCUACUACAGAGCAAUUAAUCAGAAACUGCCAUCCUCACAGUGCUUGUGGUGUUCACAGGAUCUUCGAGAGCAGCAAACCUUUCACGUAAGGAAGAUUUGGGCGAUUUUUUUAAUGUUCUUGCUGGAUCCCUCACCUAUACUGGUUCCUGUGUAAAGUGGCUGGACAACAACCUUGUGGAGCUGAAUAAAAAUGCCAUAAACACAG